GAGAUGACAGCAAAAACGAAAUCCUGUUUAGAAUAUUAAUUUUGGUAUAUAAAUGCCUGGUAAUUGUUAGAAACAGUAUCAGUUCUAAUUUGUUUAUUCAACUAAUCGAAAAGACACACAAAAACCAACACUAUACAAUAUGAAAUUCCUUAUCUGUUUGACACUUUUCGUUGCUGCUGCCCAAGCUGGUGUUUUGGCUCCACUCACCACUUAUAGUGCUGCUGCUCCUGCUUACACCACUUAUGCUGCUGCCGCUCCUGCCUACGCAACUUACGCCGCUUCUGCUCCUGCUUAUACUACUUAUGCCGCUGCUCCUUCGGCUUAUACUGCUUACGCUGCCGCUCCUGCCUAUACUUCCUAUGCUGCUGCUCCCUACAAGACCUCAGCUUACACCACCUACUCGGCUGCUGUCCCAACCUACACCUCUUCCGUUUAUGGUGCUGCUCCUGUAGCUUAUACAGCUCCCGUUGCCACCUAUUCCACUUUGUUGAAGAAGUAAUGUGAUCAAUCAAUGAUCUAUUUUAGCAAUUUGUUGAAAAGUAAACAUACUGUAGAUUUAUGAGAGACUGGCUUGUUUAAUUGAUGAAUAAAUAAUUUAUGUGAAUAUAUAUAUACUCAUAAAAA